GGGCCCUUCGCCCGGGCGAUGAACCCGAAGCUUGCGGGGCUUCGGAAUCUGAGAAGCACAAGAAGAAGUUCGAGCUCCUUUUCUCUUCUCCACUGCGCCGGGGCGGCCGAGAAAAAUUUCCUCUUCGCGCGGAUGGAGGCUUCCGUUGGACUCCGUCCGCCGCCCGUCUCAGCGGGGGCGGCAUUCCGACGCCGCCGAUCCGCGGGGCAUCUGCGCGCGGCUUGCCCUUCGGCCCGGUCCGUCUCCCGCGCGGUUAAGAUUAGAGCAAGUGCAAUUUAUGACCUGAAAAGAAGUAGAAGUAACCUCGAAUCAUUAUUUUGCUAUGACAAAUCUGUUCCAGAAGAGGAUAUUGGGAAACCAGACGGUCUAAAUUUGGAAAAGAAGAAUGUUGGGAGCAAUCCUCCCUGCUCAAGCUGUGAAGCUAAAGGCGCGGUGUUGUGUGCAACUUGUGCUGGUUCAGGCUUGUACGUCGACUCAAUACUAGAGAGCCAAGGAAUCAUUGUAAAAGUCAGAUGUCUAGGAUGUGGAGGAACUGGAAACAUUAUGUGCUCCAAAUGUGGGGGACGUGGGCACACAUGAAUGCUAAAGCUUGCAAUGUCUUCUCAGAAAGACAAUCUACUUCUACUAGGAUCCUUUUCGAGUUACAUUGGUCGGGAUUUCUGCUCAUGGUGACAAGCAAAUAAGCUCUUCGCAUACUGUUCCAUGAGCAAUUUCUUUCUGUUUAAUGUAUCGGUUCUGAAUCAGCUGCUGUAACUUGAGAAUAGUUACAUGUAAACGUGCCUUAGAAGUUGCUGAAGCACACCUCUUUUCCUUUUUUUUUUCUUUGUAAUUUCAUAUUUGAAAGCAUGUUGCGCUAAAGCAUUAUGAUGUGAUGCUGUACGAUAAAGACGUAAUGGCAUGUGAAAGAUGAGCAAAAUGUUUAUGAGAAAUGGAAUGGUGAUGCCCCCAUUCUAUUAAAUUA